CCCCGGUGUGCUUGCACUUGUACUAGCGCUACAGCACCGCCCAACGACACCUCCUCCUCGUGCCGUCCUCUAGUGUACAGGCAGGCAGCUGAUGGCCGUGCAGGCGCAGUACUACGCCGCCCACGCCUUCCUCCACGACUCCCGCGCCAUCAGGCCAGCGCUGGACAACGCGACGAGCGCGUCCGUGUUCCUCGGCGAGACCCGCGGCGGCGGCGGCCACCUACUGGCUUCCGCGGCGCAAGCGAUGGGCGGCAACACGAUCUUCAGCGAUCCGCACAGCGACCUCACAUGCAACAGCAAGAACGCCGACGCGUGUCUGAUCAUGGAGGGGCACGGCGCUCUGCUGCCGCCCGUGCCGGUGCCGCAGGUGUACGCGCAGAGCAGGGUGCUCUGCUCCGCCGCCGCUUCCACCAGUGGACGCCCGGUCACCGCGUCGCCGGUGUCGCAGGGCCUCCUGUCGCAUCUCUACCGCGACGGCGUCGAGAUUGACGCGCUCAUCCGCAUCGAGAAUGAGCGGCUCCGAGCGGGGCUGGAGGAGGCGCGUCGCUGGCACGUUAGAACGGUGGUGUCCGCAGUGGAGCGCGCGGCCGCGAGGCGGUUACGCGACGCGGAGGCGGCGCUGGAGCACGUCCUCAUGCGCAACGUGGAGCUCGAGGAGAAGCUCCGGCAGAUGAGUUCCGAGGGUCAGGCGUGGCGGGGCAUCGCCGAGAACCACGAGGCCGUCGCGGCGGGCCUCCGUGCAACGCUCGACCAGAUCCUUCAGUCGCCACGCGCCGGCGCAGGGACGAGCGCCGAGGGAGAGGGCGACGCUGAUGACGCGCGGUCGUGCUGCUUCGAACGGGAGGAGAGCACCGACGACGUGGCCAGGACGAGGGCGUGCAAGGCGUGCGGCGGGGCGGACGCGUGCGUGCUGUUGCUGCCGUGCCGGCACCUGUGCCUGUGCAGCGCGUGCGAGGCGGCCGUGGACGCGUGCCCCGUGUGCGCGGCCACCAAGAACGCCUCGCUCCACGUCCUCCUCUCCUGACCUGAUCGACGCUGCAGGCCAACGUAUAGGUUCGACCCAAGACUGGAUUAUUGCUUUGUCGAUCGUCACGUGACCCAAGAUUGAAUUAUCGACUAAUCGAGAGGACGUCAAACACUGCUGCUGUUACGGGAAAAGACACACCAAAAGCGAGCUUGUGUACGUGCCACUAGGCGCAUAAAAGUAUGAAACGUGCCACGUAAUGCUCUAUUUAUCUGUGCUGGAAAUUAUGCUGUACAAUAUUUCUAUGCCAUCGCUUUUACAAAUACCAUGGAUCUCGCAGAUGGAAAAAGAAGCUAUCACAGAGACAACUGCAAGUUUGCAACAGAGUGCAGUUUAUCUUCAGUUCUAGAUCUUCAGUAAAGCUAGCGAGGGCUAUUUUUCUUUUUGCGAAAGCUUGGGGUAGUAUGUGUGAUGUGAAGUUCAGAAAAGCAGUUAACGUAGGUACA